GUGACACAUCACGUAGCCUAGCCAAGGACCAACAAGAAUGAGGGACCUGGCGCAUUUCAUUAAAGAACAGUGGGAUCGGCCCUUGCGUUUGAGUUGGGCUGAUGAUUUUGUGUCUUUCAUUCCUUUGGCUUUGACAAAGAGGUAGAACUCCAUAACAUUCCACAGAGGGCUAUUGCUGCAAACAAACAGGGAAACUGUUGGAGUUUUCUUUUUUUUACGACGUUAAUAACCAUCAUCGGCCACACCAAGGACUGCCAGCUCUUUUUUAUCCAGUGCAACUGUUACCAACAAACAUACAACACAACAUCUACUACAACAGCCGACUAUACAACCCCGCAGCUGUCUACUACUUUUAGUCUCUUUCAACAUUAGGCGCGUUCGACAACAUGACCGCCAUGAAGAACAACUUCUGGGCCUUCAAGGAGGGAGACGGAAACAACCGAGCUCAUGUUCCAGCCACGCCCAUGUGGAUCGCCAUCAUCCGGGUCGUGCAACUGGCUCUCGCCCUCUUGAUCCUCAUCCUGUCCGCUGUUGCUGCAAACAAGUUUGGAGUGGCAUGGUCCAGUCUCGCACUCACCUGGUUCACAUUUGCGUGGACCCUCCUGCACAUUGGAUGGCUCGCCAUCAGUAUCCUGAUUGUUCCUCUGAUCUACAACAUCUGGGGACAAUUGGCCGUCGAGAUCCUUAGCGUCAUCUUCUGGCUGGCCAGCUGGGCCGCCCUGGCCGCCGACGCCGCCGCCAUCGGCGAUUACGAGAGUGCCUACACCGGCAGGGGCCGCCUCGGGCUCAGCAACGACUUCAAGACCGGCUCCAGCUGCAUCAAGGCAUCUGCCGCUCUGGGUGCCCUCCAGUGGGUUCUGUUUGUGGUCACGCUCGUGUUCUUUGUCAUGGCUCUUAUCCGCUUCCAAAAGGGCCACACCACCACCACGACCCGCGUUUCCGAUCCCGAGGCCGCCGCCGGCUCUUCGGAGCUCAAGACCGGCCCGGGAGGGCUCCACACCACCACCCAGCAGGCCUAUCCCGACGAUGGCGGCGUGCAGGCUCAGCAGGGCUUCGUGGAGCAGCCCGUGUCCGUCGACCACGCAGAGCCGCAGCAGCAGCAACCGCAGGCGCACCAGGCACAGCCCACCGCCUAUUCCUAGGGAGAAAUGAGCAAAUGGCUGGAGAGCGUGCUCCUCAAGUUCUGAGGUGACGCUUGGGCUUUGGUGGUCCUGUCAGUCGAGUCCUUUCUGAUGGAGAGGGCAUGUGACUGUGGGUUCUACACGGUGGUCUAAGGAAAGCCUGGCCUUUUUUUUUAGGCUUGGAGAGGAUUCUUUUUGCUUCUUGGCGGUUGAGUUUUAUACCCCCCGAAAAACGUAGCAGGUUGUGUUUUUUUGUUUGCAGCUUUGUUUUUGAUUCAGUAUCAGCUACUUUUACAUUCCUUAAAUAGCUGUUACGGAGCACUAAUAAGAUAUUUGCAUUUUUGCUGUCUGUUGAUAAAUACGAGGAGUGUCUCAACGUCGAAUUCCUGCUGUUACUCUGGCUACUGGCGAGUUUUUUUGUUACUAUUACUUGACCUGUGAAAACAUCACUGCAUCGCACCCAAAGGGGCCCAUAAUUUGUGGAAAGGGAAGUUGUCGUUUAGUGGCUAUGGAAAAAGAAAGGAUUGAUGAGCUUUCGGCAAUUCCGAUGAAAGGCUAAGAUGUUUUCUUCCUUUUAACCUAGAUUCCAAAUCCCGUGCCAGACUGCGUCCAAAGUCAACCCGCCCUAAACAGGUUGAGCAAUGUCGCAACCACACGGCUUGGAAGCAAAACUCCUCAAGAGAUGCCAUCCUUACGGCCCAUUGGGACUCUUUUUGAGAAAGCACACAAGCAAACAUGUCUUUGCUUCUCAGUCUGCCACUCCCGUCCACAAUCAGCACCCAAGCCGACUCGCUCCGAACAAGCCGGUCAAUGUCGCAAAUUGUGGUUAUCCUUGGUGCUCUUUCUUUCGAAAGGCGCAUUAGACAGCUUCGGACGGAGUGGUACAAAGUCCAGACGCUAUUCCACUGACGAAACAUCCCAGGUGAUCCGCUCUGAACAGAUCAAGCCUGGUGCCUCGAAGGAACAGGUAAAUGGCUCUUUGGGCGGUUUGAACCGCCUCGAAGGGGUGUCUCGAUGAUGGUGAAUGCCCUCGUAGGCUCGGUAUGCCAUAGCUUUCUCUUCUGCGCAUUGGCCCGUGCAUGCUCACCCGCUCUGAACAGAUGAGGCGUGCCGAACUCGGCAGGAGAGUGAGGCGUGCCAUCAGUCGUUAGGUCCAAGGCGUCCUUUCCAAGAUUUGAGUUCUUCUGUUCUUUUUUCUUCUUUUUUUUUUCUUCUCAUGUCUUGUCUCAGCUGGCCGGGUAGCAGCUACAUUGCCGUUUUGCUAUCGAGAAUGUUGGAUAUUUGGCUCCAGUUCUGCCGUAGUGGUGGAUUCUCGAAUCCGCUCCAGAUGGGUUUGUCGGACCAUGGUGACGAGGUCAGGCUCGUCGACUCUGUCUUGGAAAAAAAAUUGACAACAACUGCUUUCUGUGUUGCUGUGUCAUAUUUCAUAGUGUGCCAAGGUCGGAGAAAGUUCUAAAGUACCGCUGAUCGAGAUGGUGGAAUUUUGUUGGUAUUGGGGCGGGUUUUGGGGGCAAAAG